AUGAGAAGCAUCGACCACGACAAUCUGUGCAAAUUCAUUGGGUUAUCUAUGGAUGGAUCGCAAUUCCUAUCAGUGUGGAAAUAUUGUUCUAGAGGAUCCUUACAGGAUGUCAUCGAGAAAGGCUCCAUAAUGCAAAUGGAUUGGUUUUUUAAAUAUUCUCUCAUACGUGAUAUUUGUGAGUCCGUCUGUUACCUUCACCAUUCGGCAAUUGGAUCACACGGUUGGAUCAGUUCCAAAAGCUGUCUGGUCGACGAGAAAUGGCAGGUGAACAAUUUAUGGCUCGCGCCAGAACAUAUUCGUGAUCCAUUGUUGGCACCAACUAAAAUGGGCGACAUCUACAGCUUCGCUGUUGUCUGCUCAGAGAUCAUAACUAGGAAAUCGGCGUGGGACCACCAAAAUCAGGAUUGUGAUAUAGAUGAGUUGAUAUAUAAGAUAAAGCGAGGUGGUCGGCCGCCUAUUAGACCGCAGUUGGACACGGAGGACGAGAUCAACUCGAGUAUGUCAUUGCUGGUGAAGGACUGCUGGAACGAGGACGCCGAUCAGCGACCGUCUUGUGAUCAAGUGAAGUCGUUUGUCAAAAGCAUGAACGACGACAAGUCUUCAAAUCUUAUGGACCACGUCUUCAAUUUAUUGGAGCAACACGCUUCAAAUCUUGAAGAUGAAAUUCAAGCUCGAAUGGAGGAACUCACCGAGGAGAAGAAGAAAAGUGAUAUCCUACUCUAUCGAAUGCUACCAAAAAAUUGGAUCGUGAAAUAUCGAAACAUCGAAAUCCAACGUGAAAAUUCUCCUUACGCACGAAUUUUCUUUAGACAGGUAGCCGACAAAUUGAAGGCGAAGGAAGCAGUAGAGCCAGAGGCGUUCGAAUGCGUCACUCUGUUCUUUUCGGACGUGGUAUCGUUCACAACUCUCGCUAGUAAAUGCACACCUUUGCAGGGAAGUGGUCAUUUAGUCAUAAAAUCCCAAGAACUAGGCUACAGAAAAUUUUUGGUGAUCAAUUUCUUGAACGAACUGUGCACUUUGUUCGACGCAAUCAUUGACAAGCACGAUGUAUAUAAGGUGGAGACCAUCGGUGACGGAUACCUCUGCGCAUCGGGAUUGCCACAGCGCAACGGUAACGAGCAUGCGAGGAAAAUCGCCGACAUGUCGUUCGAUCUGCUUCGAGCCAUCAAGGAAUUCCGAAUCAUGCAUCUGCCUAACGAAAGAGUUAACAUCCGUGUUGGAAUCCAUACAGGACCAAUAGUGACAGGAGUAGUCGGGAUUACGAUGCCUCGAUAUUGUUUGUUUGGCGAUACGGUUAACACCGCCAGUCGCAUGGAGAGCCAUGGAAGACCAGGUCGAGUGCAUAUUUCCACAGAUACGAAGAACUUCUUGACGCAAGUGAUUGGUGGCUAUAAAACGGAGUCAAGAGGAGAAGUAUUAAUUAAAGUAUGUGUCACAGAAAAACUAAUAAGAAUAGUCCAGAAAUAA